AUGCGUCGACCAACUUCAGACAUAAUUAGUAAUCUUCCAGAAAGUGUAAAAGAAACAAUCCUAGCGUGUUUGCCAAUACAGGAUGCGGUGAGGACUAGUGUUUUGUCAAGAAAAUGGAGGUAUACCUGGACGAAACUUCCCCAACUUGUAUUUGAUGAUACAUUCUGCAGCGACUUGUUCAGCAAAACCAAGGAUAAACUUAUGACGAUUAUUUAUCAAGUUCUGUUAUUUCAUCAUGGACCAAUACCCAAGUUCACACUCUCUUUAUCUGGAUUGAAAAGUUGUUCGGAGUUCGAUCAGUUGAUACUUUUCGUUUCAAAAAGAGGUAUCCAGGAAUUGAACCUCAACAUUCAGAAUGGUGAACCUUAUAAAUUGCCAUCAUCACUAUUUUCAUGUCUUCAACUUAAGAUUUUGACUCUCCAUUCUUGUAUAUUUAAUUCUCCACCUGAAUUUAAAGGAUUUAGCAGGCUUCUUGAACUGGAGCUUUACGAAGUAGUUGUUACUGCCGACAUACUUUCAAGGUUAAUCUCCAGUAGCCCACUACUUGAGCGACUGUCACUUCAAAACUCCACCAGUAUAGAUUGCCUUGAAAUUAACGCUCCUAAUCUUAGAUUCUUACUCUGCGAAAUCCAUGCCGGUUCUAUUUGUUUAAAAAACACCGUUCAGCUUGCAAGCGUUGCAAUUGGUUUAAUGGCGUCCAUGGAUGUGGAAGAAUUUGAGAUUAGCUUAGUAAACCACUCUUUUGUUUCUUUUUGUGGGUGUUUCGGCCAACUAAAUGAUAUCUUGCUUAUUCUUUGUUUAAUUAGAAGCUCUCCAAACUUGGAAAAAAUUACAAUUCAGGCAUAUGUCGAUGAAGAAACUAAUGCUGUUGAUCCUGUUCUAGAACUUUUAGAAAUGCAAGAGUGGUUGGACGUCUCUUUAAACCAACUUCAAACCCUGGAUUUCUGGAAUCUAUCUGGCACAAGUUCUGAAUUAGAGUUUAUUAAGCUUCUAUUAGCCAUAUCGCCCGUGCUGGAGGUAAUCUUUAUUGAGCCUGACUCAGAGAAGAUUGCUGACAAAGGAGUGAGAAUUUUGAAGCAGUUGGCACAAUUUCCGCACUUGUCACCUAAAGUGGAAAUUGAAUUCAACGAUCCAGAUGAAGAUUAAGUUCAGCAAAUGGUUUGUGUCCUUUUUGGCCAUCUUUGGUUUGAGUGGGACAGAGAGAUGAUAUUUUUUGUGUUUGUCGCCUGAUUGGUCCAUAUUUAAAAAUAAUUACUGCUGAGACAUUCAUUGUGGGAAUGUGGAACAUCUUGAGGGCA